GAUGAAAUUAAAAUGAAAUGAAAAAGCAAAUGGCCGACGACUAGAAAUCGACGUCUUGAAUUUGCACUAAAAAGAAUCCGAUUCAAUUACAUGAAGUAUGCGCAAUUUAUGAUCAUGAUUAGCAAAAUAAAGCUGCUAAAGCAAUAAAUAACUAGAAUUACUAUAUAUUUGAGGCAAAAGCCCGUCUAAAAUAUCGAAAUAUAGAAAAUACUAUCUAACCCAAAUAAGCAAUUUGCAAAAAUAAGAACCGUGCCUUCGACGGACCCACGUCCGUUUUUCAUUGAGUUGAUGUAAUGUGAAGAGCAAGUUGGGCGGCAGCCGCCCUGGCACGAUGGAGCGGUAUGAGCGCGCUGACAAACGGCACAGCAAACACCACAAGGAAAAACACAAGAAGCGCGCCCACAAGAAGUACAGGAGUCACAGCGGUACCCACGAACAGUCAUAUGCUACUAUUAACUCGGUUAAGCCCCUGGUCGAGUAUUCCGACGUGAGUUCGGAGGAUCUUUCCGCCCCGGAGGCUGGAGAGAUCGAGAGCGAAGCGAGCUCCAUAGGCAGGCACAUUGCAGAUGAUCUGGAUAGAACCAGAAAGUCGCAUUCCAUACGAACAUUUCUUGACAACAAGAUAUCCGUAACCACAACGAGCCGUCGGGCUGCGGAGGAAUACGCACUGACUCGUGAUUCUUCUUCAGCAGCAAGGAAGAGGCGCGGGGAAUAUGAAGAUCCUGUGCCCGAGUUUGAGGACCUCCACUAUAAGAAGAAGAAGGAAAAGCGUAAGAAAGAAAAGAAGAAGAGAAAAAAGAAGUCCAAGCAUAGGUCUCGUUCUGCCAGCUUGGAAAGCGUUUCUCCAGAUGAUAAUGUUCCAGCUGGUACACCGAUGCGGCCAGUUACACCUCAGCGGUACACCCAUGUGCCUAUCAGUGAAUGGGAGAAGGCUUCGUCUCCGCUUAGAAACGGUUCCUGCUCUCCCAUAUCACCCACAACUCCUCCGUUGAUGAGGCAUGACCUGUCACCCCUGCACAGGCCAAUGCAUAGAGAGCCACCUCUACAAAACCCCAUACUACCCUUCUCGCCACAUAGAGAAAGAUCACCAAUCGUUAGGCGGAGGCAAAAGUCGACGACACCCCAUACGCCGCUGGCGCCGCCCUACCAUGAAACUGUCACCAUCGACUCUGACAACGAUGACUAUGAGCAUAGUCGACGCGACUACUGGCACGAGCCACAUCGCAUGUCCACUGACAUCAUGAUUAUCUCAGAUUCCCCGGUGCACGAAAGUCGGUCGCGCGAUUACAGUCCGCGGCGACAUCGUCGACGCAGCCCGCGUCGACGCAAAAGUCGCGAACGAGAGCGGCAUCGAGAUCGCCCUCACAUCAGAUCGCCUAGUCGCAGCUCUCUCAAACGUCGCCGCACGAGGUCAAGAAGCAGGCGACGCUCGUCGUCCCCGCCGAGACAUCGACAGAGACACGCCGACGCUUCCAGGGACAGGCACAGGAGUAAACACGAAUCGCCAAGUCCGCCAACGACGGCUCUACAACGUAAGAUCGACUUCAAAGAGAAGAUCAGCGAUACGAGCCUGUUCGCCGAACUCGUCAAAGACAAACACAAACGUGCCAAGAAACUACAAGAGAUCCUGGAACAAAAGGAGGAGUCGCAAGGCGCCGCGUCUAGCACUGCCUCGAUGUCAUAUAAUCCUGAAACAUUUACCAUCGACGAGCUGUCAAAUGCCACCGUUGACAGUUUAACGCAAAUGUCCAAAGAAAACGGAGAAAACAUAGACUCAAAGCCUGACGUAGUAGACAUUCCUAUGCCGUGCCCGCCCCCGUCAGAUAGCGAGUCAAACCCGGUGCCGGAACCGGUUGAGUUGCCACCGCAACCGGUCCCGCCGCCGCCACCGCCGCCGCCAGAAGACCCUCCGCCUGAUGAGACCACGCCCACUGCCAACGGAGAGGUUGCUGAAGUGACUGACAGCAACAGUUCAGAGCCUCCCCCAAAACCGUCGACCCCACCGCCAGUGGUACCGUCGCCAACGUUGCCCCCCCUCCCCAAAGUAGGGGGCAGCGUGGUGGACGCCGUGUUCGGGGCCAGCCAGCAGCCGGCGCCGCCCAAGCCGCGCAGUCUGACCAAACUACCCAUGCCGCCUAACACACAGGUUGAAGACUUAAAAACCCUCGCAAAUGACAGCCCACUCAGCACGCCUUCACCUAGUCCUGUAAAGAAACCGGAAAAGCCAAAGCGAACAGGAAUUAUGAAUUUGCCAAUGCCACCUGUUAUACCGGGAUCUGAAGAGCUAAGCGGCGAUGAAUUAGAUGGGUCCACGCCACCGCCCGCGCCGCGAACCACAGUUUCUACUGUAACGACACCAGUCAUCCCGCACUCGCACGCACCUCAGUAUUCACAUGUUUUCAGCAAUCGGAAAUCAAGGGACGCCUCGGCGGGUUCAAAGCUAAAAAGGCCGCGGAUAUUGAAGCGGCGUGGCUCCAAAGUGGUUCCCGUUGCGACGCCCACGCACCACGCCAAGGAUUGGGGGGAGAAAUGUGUCGAUGGCUUCCAGGUUAUAACGCAAAUCGGCGAAGGAACCUACGGCCAAGUGUACAAAGCGCGAGAUAAGAACACGGGACAACUAGUAGCGUUAAAAAAAGUAAGAUUAGAAAACGAGAAAGAAGGCUUCCCCAUCACAGCUGUGAGAGAAAUCAAGAUCUUACGGCAGCUCAACCAUAAGAAUAUCGUGAAUUUGAGAGAAAUUGUCACGGAUAAACAGGAUGCUUUGGACUUUAGAAAGGACAAGGGAUCAUUCUACCUAGUCUUCGAGUAUAUGGACCAUGAUUUGAUGGGCCUAUUAGAAUCCAAGAUGGUGGACUUCACAGAGUCACACAAUGCCUCAAUAAUGAGGCAACUACUGGACGGUCUAGCCUACUGCCAUAGAAAGAACUUCUUACAUCGAGACAUCAAGUGUAGUAAUAUACUGAUGAAUAAUAAAGGGGAGGUGAAACUGGGUGACUUUGGUCUGGCGAGGCUAUGGUCUUCUGAAGACCGGGCGCGGCCUUACACGAAUAAAGUGAUCACCCUAUGGUACCGGCCGCCUGAAUUGUUAUUAGGAGAAGAGAGGUAUGGACCUGCUGUUGAUGUGUGGUCUAUGGGCUGCAUAUUAGGGGAGCUGUUCCUAAAACACCCGCUUUUCCAGGCGAAUAUAGAGAUGAUGCAACUAGAAAUGAUCUCGCGCGUAUGCGGCACGCCCGCGCCCGGUGUUUGGCCCAACGUAGUCAAACUGCCGCUCUGGCACACGCUGCGGCCCAAGCGAUUCCACAAGCGCUGCGUGAGAGAACAGUUCGCCUUCAUGCCGCCCACCGCUCUGACGCUGCUCGACCGCAUGCUGGAACUCGAUCCUGAUAAAAGGAUCACCGCUGAAGAGGCCUUGAAGAGCGCGUGGUUGAAGAACGUUGUCCCAGAACAAAUGCCAGCUCCCGAACUACCGACGUGGCAAGACUGCCACGAGCUGUGGUCCAAACAGCGACGUCGGCAACAAAGGGAGCAGGAACAGCAGUCCAAACCAAAGCCCUACGGUUUCAACCAAGACGACAAAUCGGACGGCUUCAACCAGUCGGACUCCAGUUAUAAGAGUGAACCGUACAAAUCUGACUUCAAGCCCGCAGAGACUAACCCAGAGACCGUGGGCCAAGUGAAAUAGUAUUUGGAGAUGUAUUACUACGGAUAUUAUCAGUGAAAUUUGGUGCUUAAGAGUUUUUAUUAUGAUGAAGUAUGACCAAUGAGAUGCAAAAGACCAGACUUUGACAAGUAGCGAUUCUCGCACAACAGUCUCAACCUGUCAUCUUAUACGAAACUGUCAAUAUGACAGUUUUGUGUGAGAUGACAGAUUGUGACCGAGUAGCGAUUAGGGUUGCAAAUUGACAAAAUCUUGCAGAAGUGUCAAGUGUAGCUGGCUUGAAAACUCGUUCAUUAGAUCUAACAUUAAAUGUCAAUAAUAUAUAUGGGUAAAACAGCGCCCCUAACGGAUAUUUUUUAAAGCUCCUGUUUGGAAAAAAUCUUGCGCCCGCUGCGCUCGCGGUAAUGAUUUACUUAUUUAUUAUUGAACUUUGUUCAAAAAUCAUGUUUUACAUCAUAAUUUAGUAGACUUUGCUUGCAAAACUUGACUUUUAGAAUAGUUUGCGUCCGCGAAACUAUUCUGUGGCUAUGCCAUGUUUUAGAUGCCUUCCCAAUGAGUUAGUUGUACAAUGCAACACAGUUUAACAAUAAUACAGUUCGGAAACAGCUCCACAUAGACGACCUGCCGCUGUUAUCUUGUUUGAAAAAGUUUGCAUUUAGACUCAAUGAGUAAUAUAAAUAAUUUAUUAUAUUUUAUUAAUAUUUUAGGUGACGGUUCGAAUUAUCCUGUAUCUUGACUACCAAAUUUCAUUUAAAAUAAACAUUCAAAUUAUUUCAUGUAGGCAUUAUUAUUUAUUGUAAUAAGUCAAGACACCCUCUUCCAACGGUUCGGAAAACAGAUUCUACUGAGAUACUACUUAUUCUGGAAAGAUAAAUUUCCAGAAUUAUAAAGUUUCCAUCGUUUCGCGUCCCUGCGAAAUCGACUUCAAGUUAUUUAAACUGUAUGUUCGCUAAACUGUGAUUAUGGAAUUAAUGUUUUAGCCAUUUCCUCAAAUGUGUUUAUAUACACUAUACAUAUUUCCAAAUGAUAUGUUAAAAAUCAAAAAGUAUCGUUUAAUGAAUUAAAAAUGAACUGUGUUUGUAUAAAAAUUGUUGACAGAACCAAAAUUAUUUUGUUUAAACCAAAGGAAAGCAUGGUGCAACUUACCUAUGCUUUGACCGUUUAGGUGUUUCCAAGCUUUACAUUUGUUCAUAUUUUUUGGUUAUUUUUGUAGCUCUUUCGGUUGCAAAUUGUCAAAGCGAAAAAUAAGACGAAAAGAUGUUUGUUUGGAUGUUUCUAAACAGUCAUAGUCUACACCAUGUCUAACUAAAUUGUAUAAUAGAAGCUUUUUUGUAUAUAUAGACAUGUAAAUAUAGUAAUGAUUUAGCAUAAUUGUCGGUGUAAGAA